UCAUAAGACUGCAGGCGGUGACUUCUACAGCUCCGCAAAACUUAAACGUUGGUCACUGUAGCAGCCGGGGAGCUCGAGAGCAUUUCUGGUGUUUACCGGCACGCGGGGGAAAUUACCUGAUAUCAUUUUAGCUAAAAAGUUUGGUCAACAAAGGAUAUAUGCUGCUUGAAUUACUCUAUCAUCAGCAUGACAAGUAAAACAGAUGCAGUUUCGGGCUCUUGACAACUUCGGAUAAACCGUUAGCUAACUUAGCGUUAGCUUAACACUAGUUGUCAGUUAAGGUUAGUUGGGUUUUCUUUGUCUGUUAUUCUUUGGUGAUACCGUACUCGGUAACUGUCCCUGUGAACUUAUCAUCAGGUGAGCAUUGACACCAUCAAAAAGCUAACCUCAAGUUGAUGUCCAAGCUAUUCAACGUGGCUCACGUUACAGCAUCGACUUUCGCUGACUACGAAUUAAAAGGAUUUUUUACUUGAACGCCGCAAAUAAACACUGGACAUUAAUUGAACAACCUAUAUCAAGGACCUGAAUGGCCUCCGUUGUUGCUGUGAAAACUGAGAAGCGACCUGCAGCUGAUUCUCAGGAUGCAGACUCCAAUGCAAAAAAGCCCAGGAAACUGCUGCCCAGCCUGAAGACCAAGCGAGCCCCCGAGCUUGUCCUGGUGAUUGGCACAGGGGUAAGCUCUGCAGUGGCCCCUCAGGUUCCCGCACUCCGCUCCUGGAAAGGCCUCAUCCAGGCCUUGCUUGAUGCAGCCAAUGACUUUGACCUUCUAGAGGAGGAGGAGAGUCGGCGUUUCCAAAAGCACAUGCAGGAAGAUAAGAAUUUGGUUCAUGUGGCCCAUGACCUCAUUCAAAAACUUUCCCCGAGAACAGGCAAUGUGCGAUCCACGUUCUUCAAGGACUGUCUGUACGAGGUGUUUGACGAUUUGGAGUGCAAAAUGGAGCAUGCUGGGAAACAUCUACUGCGCUCAGUGCUGCAGUUAAUGGAGAGUGGUGCGCUGGUCCUUACUACUAACUUUGACAACCUGUUGGAGAUCUACGCAGCUCACCAGGGUACAAAGCUGGAGUCGUUGGACCUGACGGACGAGAAGAAGGUGUUGGAGUGGGCUCAGGAGAAACGGAGGUUAAGUGUUCUGCAUAUCCACGGUGUUUACACCAACCCCAGUGGUAUUGUGCUGCACCCUGCAGGCUACCAGAAUGUACUGAGGAACACUGAAGUCAUGCGUGAGAUCCAGAAGCUGUAUGAGACCAAAUCCUUUGUGUUUCUCGGCUGCGGGCGCACAGUAGACGACACAACCUUCCAGGCUCUGUUCUUGGAGGCAGUCAAACACAAGUCGGACCUGGAACACUUCAUGCUCGUACGGCGAGAGGACGUGGGCGAGUUCAAGAAGCUGCGUGACAACAUGCUGGACAAGGGCAUCAAGGUCAUCUCCUAUGGAGACGAGUACGCAGACCUGCCCGAGUACUUUGAGAGGCUGGCCAAUGAGAUCUGCAACCGUGAUGUGUCUACCAACGGCUGGGGGUCUCCGUCACAAAAUGGGGAAGAACAGCAGAACGGAUUUAACACACAGAAAAGCCUCCUUCAAGACCAUCAUUCUUGACAGGCACACAGUCGGGAUCAGUAUCAGUCAUGAUGUCUGCACUGAUUUCAAUCAAUGCAUUUAGGAAUCCAGGAAAACUGUGGGCCAUGGGAGACCUAAAAGCUGUUGACAGUGUUUCACAGUUGUCUGUGAUUUCUUUAUUAGUUCUGGUUUAAAAAGGGAAAGGAGAAGUUUUAAAGUAACCGCCAACGACAAUACCCAACCUCACAGUUCCACUGAACUGCUUUUAAAAUGUUACUCAACAUUUGGGAAGUUACAGUAAAAUUCACUUUUAAAUACGUAGAUGAUUAAAUUGUAUGUUCUCAUUUCAAUGUGACAAAUGAUAGAUGAGUCCACUGACAGAAAUUCACUGUGUUGCAUCAAUUGGAUUUGGAUUACAAUAAUGCAAACAAAGUGCAACACCUUGACUUACCUGCCCAUCACAUGAUCUUAACUGUGUUGAUAUACAUUGAUUGUGUCAUGCUCGAUCCUGAAACCAGUAAAACUUGAUUUGCACACUACUGGAUGGGGAGUUUGGAUGGGGAGUUUGAAUGGGUUGAAAUAAUGAUGUCAGUGAUGGAUGGCUUACUUGGUUUGCAAAACACAUUGUUAUGAUUCUGUCCUCGAGAGGCCCCCCAGCCUGUAGCAAUCACUUUGCCACUCCUGUGCUGAAAAUGUUCUUUGUAAGCCUUUUUUGUAUUUUUAAUACUUGCAUGUGUUUUCUGACAUAGUAUUUAUAAGUACUAUUUUCAAAAUAAAGCUUUUGGUAUCCCA